CGCGGCCGGGGGAAGGCGGCUCCCGCCGGGCCCAGCGCGGCGGCGGAUGGCGGGGGGGCCGCGCCCGGCGGGGGCCGGCGGGGGCGCCCGCUGAGCGGCGGCGGCGGCGAUGCCGAGGGGCCCGGCGCGGCGGGGCGCGCCCGCGGGGCCAUGAGGGCGGGCUCCGGCCAUGGCCCAUGGCAGCGCGGCGGUCAUGCUGAAGUGCGUGGUGGUGGGGGACGGCGCCGUGGGCAAGACGUGCCUGCUGAUGAGCUACGCCAACGACGCCUUCCCCGAGGAGUACGUGCCCACCGUGUUCGACCACUACGCAGUCAGCGUCACCGUCGGGGGCAAGCAGUACCUGCUGGGGCUGUACGACACCGCCGGCCAGGAAGACUAUGAUCGUCUGAGACCUUUAUCUUACCCUAUGACCGAUGUCUUCCUUAUCUGCUUCUCAGUGGUAAACCCUGCUUCAUUUCAAAAUGUGAAGGAAGAGUGGGUACCGGAGUUGAAGGAAUAUGCACCUAAUGUUCCCUUUUUACUAGUAGGAACACAGAUUGAUCUUCGUGAUGACCCAAAAACUCUGGCAAGACUGAAUGAUAUGAAAGAGAAGCCCAUAUCUGUGGAGCAAGGACAGAAGUUAGCAAAAGAGAUAGGAGCCUACUGCUAUGUGGAGUGUUCAGCUUUAACACAGAAAGGACUGAAGACCGUUUUUGAUGAAGCUAUUAUAGCCAUUCUAACUCCAAAGAAACACACAGUGAAGAAGAGAAUAGGCUCAAGAUGCAUAAACUGCUGUUUGAUCACGUGAGAAACAUUUGACAAUGGCCAGGCUUACUGUGAAAUUCUACUGAUUUUAAAUACAAUGCAUUAAGUACAUAGCAAACUUGUUACAGGUUUGAAAGCUGAACCUACGAUUCUGCCUUCUACAACCAGUGAAAUCCAGAGGAAUAAAAUCAAAGUCAACAAACUUGUAAUAAGAAGCCACCACACCUGUUACAAAUAUUUUAUUCAGACUGGAAGGUACAAUCUCUCAGGGUUACAUAGUCUAGAGGAAGCAAAAACUGCACCAUGCUGAAACGGCAUCUAUGUGAUUUUAAUGAGUGGAGAUGCUUGGCCUGAAAUACUCUAACUGAAUUUGGACAGUCUUCUGCUUUGACUAUAUAUAUAUAUAUCUAUCUUAAAAAAACAACUUUUGCACAGUCUGUAUGGAAUCUGCACAAAGAAAUACCUUGUCUCUCUUUGCUCCAGUUAUCUGCUUUUGUAUGUAAGCUGCUUCCGGUUCCAGUGUAUCCACAGAGGUGCAAUAAUCAGACCAGCCAUAUAGCCAAAGGUAGCUCCAAGGGAACAGGAAAUGGGCCAUACCUGAGGGGAGAACACAAGGUAAAAGCAGACAGUGGUGAAAAUGUCUGUGGUUUUUUUGUACUUUGUGAGCACAAAAUCUAGGUACUGAAAGACAGUAGUCUUAUUCUACUUUAAAGCUUGAUGUGCUUUCCUAAAAAUGCCAAAAGCUUAACAAUCAUCUUCAUGAACACUACAUGCUGUUGUACAGUUUUUAAUUAAGAUGCAUUAAAAUGUAAGAAGGCUUCUGGCUCUUGCAGACUUAGUUUGAUAGUCCUGAAAUUCUGUGGAAAAAAAAACCUUAGAAGUAUUUAUAUCCCCUGAAGUGUUCAACUAACCUAACUUCCUGUUCUGCUGCAUACAUUUGGAAAACUACACCUCUCACAGUGUUUUGAAAUUUUUAGAGGUGUGUAUAAAUGAGCUAGUAUUCAAACAAGGGCAGAGACUGAAAUGGAUAGAGGUUUGUUGGCUUUUUUUUUCUUGAUGAAUUUCCCUCUGGCUCUAAAUUUGGAAACUGAGCAUCCUGCACCCAGUUCAGCAAACAUGUAGUAAACUGGUUAUGUUAAAGAGAGCUUUAAUUAUAAGCUCUAUUUUCUAGUAUAAGAACAGGGAUCUGACUCAAUAAAGCUGACUCACUUUCACAAACCAUCUUGUACUGAGGCAGAAUAGUAAUGGAAUUCUCCCCCUGCCCUUUUUUUUUUUCUAUUGGUAUUGAUUUGCAGGGAGGAGUGGCCAAACCAAGACUUAACCAUUCUGUCCUCAGAUCUAGCUUAUAUUACUAGUCCACUACAUACUGCAUCUGAUGAAAGUCUCAACUAAGUAAGUGAUUAAAAAUAUUUAUUGUAGAAUAAACAAUUUCCCAUCCCUCUUCAGAAUUCUCCUUUGCAUACUUCUUUUUAUUUUGUAAGGACAGUUUUGAAGUUCCUGCUGUACAGUGCAUAUUCCUGAAGCAAGAACCGUCUGGACUCUCCCAUUCUUUUAUUUUUUUAAAUUAAGGGGGAUACUUCCCCCUUCUGUAGUACUUGAGACUGAGAAAUGCAUUAGACAUUAGAGAAAAUAUCCCAAUCUCCGAGUCCAGACUUCUUUUCUACUUCACUUUAAAUUGCAAUUCAUGAAUAUCAAAUGAAGUUACUCUUAAUGCUGUUGGUUCCUCCUUUCAUUUUUCUAGCUCUGAUACUUUACUUCAUUAUCAUGUAAAAGAAUAUAUUUAUUCACAACUUCUGAUCAUAGGAAUUUUAACUAUGAAUAAGAGUAAUGUAUUUUGUCCUCUGCUCUUUCAUCUUCAGUCUCCUCAGCUGUUUCAUCUUCACAUUCCUUAGCAUUUACAGUUUUAUAUGUUAUUUGGAGGUCUUAAGGAGUGUAGCAAAGAUGACUAUUAAACAAGGUGCCUUAGGUACUCUUUAUUGACCUUGUUUCAUUCUUCCAUUUUCAGACAUUCUGUCUCUGCUACUUGUUUUUGUUGCUGAGUAUUUCGGCUAUUGCCUCUCAAACCAAAGAUUUGCUUGUUUUCAUUCAUUUAACAGUGGUAUUGUGUAUUGUAGAUCAUCUAUAAAAAGCCUUGAGAUGCUUUGGCAUGGUAAGAUACUAUGUGUAUUUGAAACUCACCUAAGUUUGUGGCCUUGGCUAAACUUACACUUCAGGUGGAUCUUUUCAACUUCUAAAUGAAAUGUAAUUAUUUCUAGCAUUUUGCAUAUUACACACAUCUACAGGACAAAACAAUAAAAAGUCCCUGCACCCCCAGCUGCUCACUCAGUAGUAUUCAGUUGGAACACGACUCAUACUUACUUAUCCACUGAUGAAGUCAAACACCACUCUAAUAUCCACAGAACUAUGGAUAGAGGCUUCUUAACUUGGUGGUCUUUUUACAUCAAAUUCUCUGAGUGAUCAAUGAUCCUUCAUUAAAUUUUUACCUACAUUAGGUGAAUUUAUAGUUGCCUGUUUGCUUUUCACAAGUAUAAGUAGGUAAUGGACUUUGAAUUGACCACGUUCCCUUAACUAAAAAGUCAGUGUCCCUGAUGACCCAUUGACCCUGUAUAUUUUGGUAUUUUGUGUAUAGCGGGUGAUUAUUGGUACGAUUAAAAGAAUCUCUGAUGAUUGUUGUAACUUCUUUUACCUGACUGAACUGCAACUUGGGACAUGAUUUUUCAAUAGUUAUGUGAUUUUUAAUAUUAAUUAUGCCUCUGUCUUUCUUCUAAGACAUUCAAUUUUUUUCUUUGCUUUUUUAAAGUCAUAGUUACCUUACAGAAGUUUCAGGCUGUCUCACUUAACAUGUGAGUCUCUGACCUCUGAACCCUCACCAGUGGCAGGUGGCAAAGACAGGGGACAAAGAGAAGAAACCAUAAAACACUCCAUCUCCCUGUCUAAGAUUAAGACAGAAAAAAUAACACCACCUCAUUCCUUCUAGUGGCAUAGAACAGAAGGGUACUGGGCCAGGUACUUGUUCUUAGUCUGCUGCUCAGAUGGCCCAAAGCAGUUCUGAAGGCAGUUUGACUGUCCUUUUGAAUUAAAAGCCUGGACUUAAGAGCAUUGCUGUCCUCAUGCUAUUUUCUCUAAUCCUAAAGACAGCGCAAAACCUCCUAACAAACAGGUAAUAAUACUAGUUUUGCACCUUUUAUUCUUGACUGCUGGCCUUAAGGCUACAUAUAGCCAGAGGCACCCAUGAGUAUAUCUAAAGCAGCAAGUUAUCAAAGACAGAUGAAGAUAUGGCUCUUGAGCACAUCAGCUGUGCUAAAAUAACAGCCCUUGCAUACGCUUUUUGUCUGCCUAAGAAAGUGGGUUGCUUUUUUCUAUGAAAGUGGGUUGCUUUAUUUUGUAUUAGCUGCUGGCCUCAUUUUUUGAGACCCAAUCACUUUCUGCUGGACCUUUUAAAAUGACUUUGACUUACUUGAUCGGUCUGCUUUUGUCCUGUCUUUCAUAUUAUCUCAAACUUGAUUUAACUUCCCUGACUUGGUAUGAACUGCCUGUAAGUGAUAGAAAUCUAAGCAGCUAAUAUCUGUGUGCAUGUUCCAAGAGAUUCCACUCCACUUGUUUAAAGUCUGCAACUUGUAAUACACUCCACCCCCCCCCAUCCCCUGAGAACUUUUCAGCUCAAUUUCUCCUAUUUCAUGCUCCCUUCUGCCUUGAGGAAGCUGGCAUAUCCUACCCCAGUACUGAUGCCAUGUCUCGACUGGGUCAGCAGCAGGGGAAUAAGAUGAAUGUGACCUAGCUGCACUUUUUUUGAGGGGGAGGAAGGCUGAUCUGGAGAGAAAAGUGUGGGGGUUGCAAGAGACAGGACAGAAUAUUUUUCACGAAACUGUCUUGAAAAGCCUUGUCUGUCCAAGCAGCUGGGAAGCAUCAUCUACCAUUCUCACAGCCUAAUACAAGAAAAGUCAGUUUACAUAUCAAAGGCAUGAUGAAAAGGGCAAUUUUAACAACCUGUAAUGAUUACUAGGAAUCUGAACAACAGCUUGGCAAAACCAAAUCUUAACAAGAACAAAAAAUGCAUUUUAAGGGACAGAGCGUGAGAGUUAAUGCAAAAUGAUUUUGACUUCUGCUAUUUGUUUUUCUUUUUGCCUUUUCAUCUGACAGCAGUGUUAGGACUUCACAGUGAUUUCUUUAGGCUGGCUAAAUAGACACUGCAGAAUUGCAAGGUUUUUAGUAUAUAUUAGAACUCAUUUUAAGAAUAAGGACUCAAAAUAGGAAUUACCUACCCUUCAGGACACAAAUGAGCUAGUUUCCUCAGCGCUCUUUAGAACACCUAAGAUUCUAUGAUGUGAGAAUGCUUAGCAUAUUGCAUGGAAAGCAGAGCAUGUUGCAGAUCCCAGCACGGUAUCUAGCUCUGCUGCACUGUGCAUGCAGUGAGUUAAACCAGAGUUCUGACUGCAUGACAAUUUUGUCAUCUAUUACAAGUCUGUAACUUGCAUCCCAUGCAAGGGGAAUUACACAGGCAUUGAUAAGGACGUAAAGGCCAGAUUCUUGUAGACCAGAGGAACAACACCCUAUUAAAGUUUUUAAAGAUACUAUAAAGUAAGCAGCUGACUGCUGGAACUUUCAUUAUACAUAUGCAAAUACAGUGGGGCAAUCUACUGUACUUACUUUUCUUUUUAGUAAACUUAGAGUGCUUUUCUCAUAUUCCUAAACUCGAUUUUUUUGUAUGCUUACUGUUUCAAAAGACUAAUUUCUGACUGUCAUUGAGAAAGCUAUGUAAUAAUUUUUGUUUCAUUUUAAAACUGAAUAAAUGAGCACAAUUACUUUCC